CUUAAACAAUGUAUUCGAUUUAUUUAUAUAUUAUAUCUAAUCAUUCUUCAAGUUUUAAAUUUAUUAAAUAAUCUAACAGUGCAAAUUCAUGAAAUAAUCCAUCAGUAUUGAAAUAUAUUAUCGAUAAAAAUGACAAUAAUUAAAGUGUUUGUUCUUAUUCCAUUUCUCACUUUGUCCAAUUCAAAAAGUAACUUUAUGCCCAACUUACCUUUGGGAGAAUAUCGAAUCGUUUAUGAAAAAAUAUAUUCUUGCCAGUCAACAAAUAUAUUUGAACAUAAUUUUUAUUAUAGUAAAACAACAUUAAGUAAAACUCUGUUGAUAGGAAAUAUAACAGUUAAAAAACCAUUUGACAAUACUCUUACACUUGAUUUAAAUGUUGCAUCUUGGGGUUCAAUUGGUGGUUGGAAACCAAAUUCAAUGGUUUACAUAACAAAGAAUGCAUGUAGUAAUUUUAAAAAAGUCCUAGGGAACGUAUGGUAUACAAUAGUAAAAGCAUUUAACAUUACCAGUUACGACUGUCCAAUACAAGCGGGGACAUAUAAAACAACAGGUGUUGACUUGAAGGAAUUUGAAGAUCUUAACUACCCUAAAGUGUAUUUUUAUGGGAAAUAUAGAGCAACGUAUAAGAUAAAAAAUGAAGAAAAUAAAGUUUUUAGUUGCUAUAUUGUGGAGUUUAGUCUUGUACGACCUUGGGAAAAAUCAAUUUGAUUAAAUUAAAAAAAAAAAUGU